UACCUACGUCAUCGAUGUGCGCAUGUUGUGCUGUUUUGCUUCCUCUACACCAAACCAACGUGGCUUUUGCUCCUCGUGAAAGUAUUCUUCAGCUUAUGAAUGCAAUAACACUUUCAUUAGUUAAAACAUUUUUUACAAACACUAUCAACAACUCAAGAAACAGUGUGGCCUGUGAAUAAAGUCACUUAAAGAAUCGAGUCCAGAAAGAAACAUGUUCAUUGAAGAGGAAGAGUGGAGUGAUGAACAAGAGGCUGAAGUCCUGAGCAGAACUGUCAUCAGAAAUGACCAGAAGAAUGUGAGCAGCAAAAAUGUCAAGCCCAAGGCUGUAGGGAAGAAGAGCCUGAUGCGGACUCUGCAGACGCUUGGAUCAGUGCCAGACUGGAAGGGCGACGAGCAUCAGCAGGACAGUGACAGUGAGACAGAAGCGACUCCAUCAGCCGCCAAGAAGAAGAAGAAACGAAGGAAGAAGAGAAAACAAGCGGGGACAACAGAGCAGCCAGAGAAUGGAGAGUUAGAUCAGACUCCAGUGAAGGAAAAGACAUUAACAAAAAAGAGGAAGAAAGACAGCAAAUUUGGGGACCAGAAGGUAAACAACACCUGUGUGGGCGAAACAAAGGAUAAAGAAAAGGUUGAACCUGCAGAAGCAAAUGUAGACGAAGCAGAGGGCACAGACAGACUGAGCAGACAACAGUGGAGAAACAAAACAAAGAAUAAGAAGAAAUGUAAAAAUAAAUAUCGACAAGAAGAGAAGCCAAAGGUGGAAGUCAAAAAAGUAGAACUGGCAGAGGAACACAAACCAAAGGAAGAAGUCAAAACAGAUUCAAAUAACAAAAUCAACAAAAUCAACAAAAGAGAAAAAAACAGCCAGCCUUCAGCCAAGAAACAGGGGAAGGAAUUUAAAGCAGAGAAGAGAAAAAAGAGUGAAGAGGAUGCUAAAAUACCCCAUCCAACUGAAACACAUUCACCUGGAGAAGAAAAGGGUGCCAAAGCUGGUAAAGGUGCAACAGGAUUAAAACAGGAAGUAGGUAAACCUAAAGAAAUCAUAGAUGAGCCGCAGUCUCCCCCGAAACGACCAAAACUCGAGCUGAGCAAAGAACAGAGUCUGAAAAGAGAGAAGCUGCGGAAACUUCUCAACAGCCGGAAAUCAGACCACCAGGAGAGUCUGGCUGAGCAGCAAGACGAGCCAGCCGCACCAGAACCAGAGGUGAUACUGGACCGCUCUGCCUCCCUCAGGUCCCGCAUGGAGCAGCGUCUGGAGUCGGCCCGCUUCCGCUACAUCAAUGAGGUUCUUUACAGCACGACCAGCGGCGAGGCCAGGAGGAUGUUCAAACAAGAUCCAGAGGCCUUCGGGAUCUACCACCGAGGUUACACUGCGCAGGUUCAGAGGUGGCCCAGCAAUCCUGUGGACGCCAUUAUCUCUUACAUCCAACAAAAACCUCCCUCUCUGGUGGUGGCAGACUUCGGUUGUGGUGAUUGUAAAAUCGCACGCAGCGUGAAGAACAAAGUGCACAGCUUCGAUCUGGUAUCGACCUGUGAGCUCGUCACGGUGUGCGACAUGGCCAAUGUCCCUCUUCCAGACCGCUCUGUGGACAUCGCCGUGUUCUGCCUUUCUCUCAUGGGGACAAACCUGGCAGAUUUUCUUGCAGAGGCCAAUCGUGUUUUGAAAAUGGGGGGCGUCCUAAAAGUAGCAGAAGUGGCGAGCAGGUUUGAGAAUGUUAGAAGCUUCAUCACUGGGCUGGCAAAUCUGGGAUUCAAGAUGGUGUCCAAGGACUCAGAAAACACUCAUUUCCACUCCUUCGAGUCAGUGAAAACAGGAGAGGCUCCAGAAAAUGUGAAGAAGUUUGGACUGCAACUGAGGGCGUGUCUCUACAAGAAAAGAUGAAUUUACGAGAGGCCGUCAUGACAAGUGACAUGUUCCUAAUCCUAUCAUUGCUUUUGUACGUGCAGCUCGGGCUUGCUGCUUGUCAAAGCAGUAGAUCUUCACUUUUAUUAAAAUGUAUUUUCUUCUGUUUGUCACGGAUGUCAGAGUUUAUUAUGUGCAUCAUUUGUACAUGACUUUUCAUGUGAUACAACAUUACUUUUGUUGUCCCUGGUUAGAGAUCCUCAGUAAAAUAUUCCUCUGUGGUGUUUUGCUGGAAUAAACUAAAUAAAUUCACACAAUUAA